GGUGUCGUAACCCGUCUCUUAUGGUGGCUUGGCUUUGUGUCACGGAACAGAGAAUUAUUUUUAAUCGACAAGAGAAGGCCGCCGAUCUUUUAAGCUUUUAACCGGAAUCCAUGGCGGUGCAAGCAGGUGUUCAGACCUCUAAGGUCCUUAUCCUACUCGGCGCAGGUGUAUCUGGUUCGAUCGUAUUGAGACAUGGGAGGUUGUCUGACCUAAUAGCUCAGCUUCAGGACUUACUCAAGGGGGCUGAAGGAGUUGAAAGCACUCCCUUUAAGUAUGACGGUGCACUCCUAGCUGCUCAGAUUCGACAGCUUGCAAACGAGAUCAAGGAACUAACUAUGACCAAUCCAGUUACCAUCUUUAAUAGAGAUUCAAGCUCUAGUGGCUAUGCAUCUUACCUGGUUCCAGCGGCUGCCGUUGGAGCUAUGGGGUACUGCUACAUGUGGUGGAAGGGGUGGUCAUUUUCUGAUGCAAUGUUUGUGACAAAGAAAAAUAUGGCUGAUGCGGUUGCCUCUGUUUCGAAACAACUAGAGGAUUUGUCAGACACAUUAGCGUCAACUAAGAAACACCUUUCUAAGAAGCUAGCGACCUUGGAUUGGAAGUUGGAAGAGCAGAACGAGACAUCUAAAAUGAUCUUAAGUGAUGUAACUGAGAUGAAAUCAAGCAUUUCACAAAUAGGGUUUGAUUUUAAGCAACUGAAUGAAAUGAUUUCUGGAAUAGAAGGGAAGAUUGAAAGUCUUGAAAGCAAACAAGAUGUGACCCUCUCGGGACUAUGGCAUCUAUGUCAAGUCGCAGGCGUUAAAGACAGCACAAGCACUAAAGUCUUUCAGGAUGUUGGUGCGAGAUUAGUUAUUGAUGGAAAACCAUCUACUAAUAAUUCUCUCUCGGGUCUGAGGUUUCUGACGGAAGGCAAGGAGGCUGCAAACGUAAUACACAAGCCGGUUUUGGCAAAAGAAAUAACCGUGAUGGCGAAACCAGUGGAGGAAAAAACAAAAGCAGCACCCGCACCUGUGACAAGAACAAGAGUUAAUAGAGCGUUUCCGGGUGGAAUAUCUUGGGCAAGGGAUGUUCCAGGGCUAUCCUAAAUAUUAUUUUGGCUUGGUUGAUAUACAAACAAUAUUGCUUAUAAAUAUAUUCGUCCCAACUCCCAAGUUCUCUGAUAUACUUACUGGGAGAGUGGCAAUUAUUUUAUGUACAAAAGAAGAAAAGAAAAAUUCCACUAAGUAACAGAUGUUAUUGCAUCCAUCAACAAUCUGUUUUGCCCUAAUUAUUUUUGUCUCGUCUUUGAUGUUUGUAAAGAAAAGAGUGUGAAUAACGAUUUCACGUAUGUUGAAUGAAAAUAAUAAAAUUGAUGGAUGUAAUCAU